AUGGCAGUAGAUGGAUUCGAUUUUUCAAAAUUGGAAUCUGAUUAUGCAUUUUAUAUCUUUAAUUUUCAGGAAGAGCUAUAUAAAAAAUUACCUUCUUAUAUAUUAUAUCAAGAAUUUAAUAAGAAUACUUCCAGUAGCACAUAUUCUGAUUAUUGUACAAAUGUAAAAACUAAUGGAGUAGAUAAGAAUACUGUAAAAGAACUCUGUAAAAAAUUUGCCAAAAACUUAAAAGAAUUGUCAACAAUUAGAGACAUAGGAAAUACAAUGCAUAAUCGUUGUUUAGGUUUAAGAUACUGGAUCUAUCAUGAAUUAAAUAAAAUAUUAACAAACUCCGAAUAUUCUUCACAUAGAGAACAUAUUAUCAAUUCAUUUUCUAAUUUGGAAUCUAAAAUUUACUAUGAAUUACUAGAAAAUCGUAAGGAAACAUGUCCUAUAGAAAUUAAAGAUCAUUUAGUAAAAGAAAAUGAAAAGAAGUUUUUGUAUGAUUAUUUUAGCAAUUACAGUGCUCUUAUUGAAUGCAUUAACUCUCCAAAGAAAGAGAACUGUCAAAAAUACUGUAAAUACAUCAAUGGAAUUAAGGAUAUAUAUACAAGAAAUGAAGAAAAAUGUUGUGGAGCAAACUUCUGGCGUUGUGAUUAUUUUAAUUGUAAUGGGAAAUAUCAUCCUCACGUUCUUCUAUAUAAACUACAAUGUAAUAAUGGUAAAAAUGAAUUAGAGUCAUCCGGAAAUAAAAUGACGGACUAUGAAGGAAAAUACGGAAACUCAGGAUUAGUAAAACGCUUGCGAUAUAAUAUUUUUAAAUGCCAUAUGGUAAAAGUUCACGAAAAUUUUGAUGCAGAUGUUGGAUUAUGUUCUGUCUUUCCAUCAUCCAAAGACUCUUACGAAAAUGUAGAUAAUCCAGAAAGCAGUAAACCAGAAGAAGGAAAAUGUCCGGAUGAUAAGCCAAUAAAGACUGCGGAUGGGAAAUGCACAGAACCGAAUGUCCGCACAACUGGGGCCAUUGGAGUGCAGCUUCUCGACAAGGGUCCAAUUAGUAGAGUAAGAAUUAGGCUUAAUGAUUCUAUGAAUGAUCCUAUAACUUCAGUAGAUUAUAAUACGACAGAUUUUAAUAAUUCAGAUGAUAAAUAUAGUAUUUUAAACAGCAAUAUUAUGCGUAUGAUCAUUGUAGGUAUUUUAACUUUUGGAAUAAUUAUGACUUUUUUCAUUUAUUUUAAAUUUACGCCCUUCGGACCGUGGUUAAGAAGGAAAAUAAUAAAGGAAAAAAAAAUGACGAGGAAGAUACCCGAUAAAUCUAGACAGAGAAUUUCGUAUAGUGCACAACCACCAAGAAAUGCCAAUUCGAAUAAAAGGAGAGUUAAUAUAGUAUAUUAG